GAAGUUAAUCUACUAGAUUUGGCUAGGAAAUUGAAUAAUUGAUAGUUCUUAACGAAAAGUAAAAGUUUAAAGUAUACAGAAAUUUCAGGCAUACUUCACUCUAUUAUAAUCCAAAAUUAGAAAUACCACACCUCCUAUAAAGUUUAAGAUAUUUACAAAAAACUGAAGUGGAUAAUCCGAAAUCGAGGAUAAUCCACUUUAGUGAAACAGGCCGUAUAUUAUUAAAAGAAGAGAUCUUAAACUUUAAUGUAUUAGGCAGUAUUAGGUAUUAGUAUACUAUGGGUCCUCGAUUUGAGUAGAUUCAAUUUAAAAAGGAUUUUUUUUGGAACAAAACACCUACUCAAAUCGAGGACCGCCAGUAUUAAUAAAUUGUAAUAUGUUCAUAUAAUAGACGUAACCUUUGUAUUAUUUCAAUAUCAUUUUAAUUUUUUCUUGUUUUUCUUUUCUUCUAAAUCUGUUAAUUAUGUCGGAUAAUAUUUGCAGUGUGCUCAAUGAUACUUUUGAUAACGAAACCGUUCAUGUAAAAAAAUUGGAGAAAUUAAUGAGAUUAAUAGUGCAAAAGUUUGAAAAGGAUGUUGAACAUAAAUCUAAAUGCACAGGAAGAGAAGACUAUAUUGAUCCAGUUUCAAAAUUAUUUUCGUUGAACGAAGAAAGGAAACAUAAUAGGUGCACAGAGAAUCACAUGACGGAGAUAUUAAAUCUUUUAAACAUAACAAAACGAAUCGAAGCCUUAGAAAUUUCAGUUCAAAAGUUAACAUCUGUUCUGCAUACAUUUAUGAAGAAUGGACAUUAUACUGAAGAAAAAUAUAUCAGAAUUGAAUCAUUUAUACCAAAAAUAGAACAAGAAAAGUCAAUCGAAGAUGAAUAUUUGCAGUAAAGUGAGAAAUUAUCAAGCACGCAAAAUUUUUACUCUGAAAACUUAUUAACUUCACAGAAAAGUUUAAUAGAUGAUCAUCAUCACGACAGUUUUACAAUGAGAAAUAAAAUAUAUGAAAAUGAAAAACAAACGAAAAUGAACGAGGAAAAAUAUGAAGAUUUAUUUUUCGCGUGCGAGCAAAAUGAAGAGAAGAUUGAUGAGACUAUUUUUGGCAUCGACAGUUUAAAAUUUAAAUUUUGUUGUCUUGAAUCACGAUUCAAAGAGUUGGAAAAUGUAUUGAACGAUAGAUUUGUAUCAAUAUCAAAGUUGUGCCAAAAUUUAGAAGGAACAAAAGCAGAUAAAUCAUUUAUUACUGAUCAGUUGAUGACUAGACUAAACGCCAUUCAAAUCGAAUUAAAAAAAAUUGAAAAACUUGAAAUGAAAUUUGAUAGUGUGUCAAUGCUUGAGAAAUCUCUUGUUAAUUUUCAAGACGACAUUAAAAAGUCGCUAAUACACAUCAAAGUUCAAAUUGAUGACAAAAUGGAACGAAAUAUUCAUAAAGAUUUCAGAACAUGCUUUUUAAACAACUUUGAACAGUUUAUCAAAGAAUUGCGAAUAGUUUUAUCAUCAAUUAAUCAAAAGGCAUUUGCAUUGGGUUCAACAACGAGUUUAGAGUCAAAUGUGAAUUGUGUUUCAUGCAAAAAUAAUAUUUUGAUGAAGACAGAAUUAUCUUCAAAAACUGAAAGACAUCUUCAAGAUCAAAAAAGAAGUCACAAAAAAACUAAUAAGUUGAAACCUGUUUUGGAAUGUCACAAAAAGAAGAGUCAAGAAAUUAAAUCGUUCUGUUCAGAACAUUCAUUUGUUAACUUUCCAAUACCCCAGCAAUUCUUCAUUAUUAGCCACGAUAAUUCAAUAUUUAAAGCUGAUCCUAUUGAAUGUUUGAAAAAUUCAAAUUACAAAAGAGUUUAA